UGUCGUGAGUCGGUAUUACGCUGCGUGUCCACGGUCUGUGCCCUCCUCCUCUAUCCCCUCGCCCCGCCUUUUUAUCGGGAGGGUUUCUUCUUCCCUAUCCAUCCAUCAUUUUUAUUCCCUUCUCAAUUUUUUUUUUUGUUCGUCCCUGUACACGAUCUUGACGGCUCAGUUAAACAUAAUGGGGAUUUAAAACAAUUGGGAAACUCUCAGAGUCUUUCUCUCUCCAUCCAUCCGUCGCACUAAAGCUUCAGGGGAUCAUGCAACAUCUGAAACCAUGGCGAGCUCUGCUCCUUCUGGCGGUGCUCUACCAACCAGCUGUCUCUGAGAAAUACGGUUGCCUGUUUGAGAGAAAACUGUGCACAAGGGAUCAAUUCUGCUCUGAUGAUGGGUUGUUUGGUCAGUGUCGGAGCUCCAAUCAGGACCAGAUCCAGUACCAGGUGACAGUUCCUGUUCUGAAGAGGAUGCAGGAAGUCCUUAAACAGCUCAUGCUGCAAGGUCUGUCAUGGCAAGAUGACAUCACCCAGUACAUUUUAUCAAAAGAACUGAAGAGAGUUCCCCAUACCACUGCUCUCUCAAAGCCAAUCUCCUCAUCACCCUCUUCUCAUUCAUCUCACUCCAAACAGCACGUCUCCCAGCACCCCAACUCUAAAUCAGGGUCCACAUCUUCUGGUGGUAAAUAUGUGGACUACAUGUAUGUUGAGCCUCCUCAGUCCCCACUGCGUAUGCAAACAGCACCCUUGGACCCAUACGCGUAUCACCAGCAUAGAUACCAAGACGAAGUGGAGAGAUCUCUUCUGAAUGCAAGAGGCGGAUAUGUUCGCCCCUCUUCAAGGUCACAGGGUAGCCAGAGGGAACAAGAGUGGGACCGGCAGCUACUGCAGGAAGUUCUGUCUUUAUAUCUGGCAUCUGCGCAGCCGUCUUAUCGGCAUAGAGGGUCUGUUCCCAUAGCUCCUGCAGGUUUGCCUUAUUAUGAAGAUUUAGAGAUACCAGUGGACUAUGUGGAAGACUACACUCUAGAGGAGAGGCUUGGUACUGCAGGAAGACAACCAAACAUUCAGAAUAAGAAAGCUCCACAGGAGUCUGCUCCCCUGGUUGCAAAUAAUGAUGGCUUGCUCCAGAGGAUGUCAGGUGUCUUGCAGAAGUACAACAUUGAUCCCAGGGAACUCAGUCAGGAGCAACUCUACAAGCUGGCUCUUAUACUGCAGCUGCUGCAAGGGCAGGACAAGACAGACCCAAAUGAGAAAGAUCUCAUCGCUCUUAAAGAGAUGCAGUUGUUACAAAAAGAAAGUAUGUCCAAACCAGAUAAGGCUGCUCCUGUUCCUGGUCCACUUGAUGCUCCUGCUGCUCCCUCUGCUACAGUCCGUGAUAAAGCUCUACCUAAGAGUGCCAGCACCCCUACAUCUGCCUCCAAGCCUCCACAGGCUGCUCCCAUUGAAGUUGAGAAAAGCUUUAAAGAGCCUUUAGUUGAGGGUAUGGAAGGUAAAGAGGAGUAUGGGUACAUCGUCACCAGCCAAAGUCCCCUGAGUCUGUAUGAUGGAGUGAAGCUUUUGCAACUUCUGGCUGAAAAAAUACACCUGACAACCAGCAGCUUCAUCAACAUUAGUGUGGUGGGUCAGGCGUUGACUUUCCGCAUCCGCCAGAAUGAACACAACAUGACGGCUGCAGAGGUGGCUGCGAAAGCCGAAUCUGAGAAGAACUUUCUGGAGUCUGAGACUGGCCUGAAAAUCAUUCAGACUGGUGUAGGAGAGAGGACAAAUGCACGAGUUCUCCCUGAGGUAAUUAGGAUCCCUCCAGGAUCCAGUGGUACAGUCAUCACCCUCGUUUCCAUGGCAGUGGUCGGAGGUGUGCUCGUACUGGCAAUGGGCAUAGCUUGUUUCAGGCACUAUGGUCAUCAUGUAGCCAAUGGUAAACUUGGCUUGGGUCCAGAAGGAGGAGCAGAAACACACUUUGACUACCAGGAGCUCUGUCGACAGCACAUGGCCUCCAAAUCUUCCCUCUGCCGUCAAGAUUGUGUUGGAGGGGGGACCAGUGGCAUGGCAGGGCCUGCAUCAGGAUCCGGGGCUGGCGGACGGAGGGGCACAGACACGUCCCGUGUGAGCAGCGUGUCGUCCCAGUUCAGCGAUGGGCCGCAGCACAGCCCGUCCUCCACUCACAGCUCUACCCCGUCCUGGAGCGAAGAGCCAGCUCAGUCUAAUAUGGACAUCUCCACGGGUCACAUGAUACUGGCAUACAUGGAGGAUCACCUGCGUAACAAGGACAGGCUGCAGAAGGAGUGGGAGGCUCUGUGCUCCUAUCAGGCUGAGCCCUCCUCUGUGUCUGUGGCCCAGGAGACUUCCAACAUGGACCGAAAUCGUCAUGCUGAAGCCCUCCCCUAUGAUCACUCUCGUGUGAAGUUGAAGCAAGAAGUUAACACCAAUAAACAGGAUUAUAUCAACGCCAGUUUUAUUUUUGAUCAUGACCCUCGCCAACCAGCCUAUAUUGCCACACAGGGACCUUUGCCCCACACUGUUGCUGAUUUCUGGCAGAUGGUUUGGGAGAACGGCUGCACAGUGAUUGUGAUGAUGACUGCUCUGGUGGAAGAUGGGGAGAAGCAGUGCGAACGAUAUUGGCCUGAUGAAGGUUCUUCUCUCUACCACAUCUAUGAGGUGAAUUUGGUUUCAGAGCAUAUCUGGUGUAAGGACUUCCUGGUGCGUAGCUUCUACUUGAAGAAUGUUCAGACGCAGGAGACAAGGACAUUGACCCAGUUUCACUUGCUGAGCUGGCCAGGUGACGGCAUUCCCACCUCUACAAGACCGCUGCUCGACUUUCGCAGAAAGGUGAAUAAAUGCUACCGAGGUCGAUCCUGCCCCAUAAUUGUUCACUGCAGCGAUGGGACUAGCAGGGCUGGCACAUACAUCCUCAUCGACAUGGUACUGAAUCGCAUGGCUAAGGGAGUGAAAGAGAUUGACAUCGCAGCCACACUGGAGCACAUCAGAGACCAGAGGCCUGGACUGGUUCGCACCAAGGACCAGUUUGAGUUUGCAUUGACAGCAGUUGCUGAGGAGGUGAACGCCAUUUUGAAAGCCCUGCCGCAGUGAUAUGCAGCAGCUGAGGAAUAUGACCGCAACACAUGCAGGCACACCAAAAUACAUGCUCCAAAGGAGAUAUUCACCAUUCAUCUAGGUUCAUUAUGCUGAGAAGUGUCUGCUAAGUCUUACUUAAAUAUUGUCAUUACAGCCUUGUUUCCCUGUUUUCUAUGUUGUUUUUUUAAGCUUUUUGGAGCUUACUGACAUGAAAAAUUGUGGUAACUGGUUUCUGGCAGGAUACAAAUAGGACCAUAUUUAUUCACAAUUACAAUACAAAUGUAAUAUUUAUCAUUGGUCUCUGAUAAGUCCACCUUACUACGAAAGGAUUCAGCCAUCUGGCGUAAAGUAAACACAACUGUGUCUGUUUGAAUACAGAUCUAAGUUUUACACAACUUCUCCCAUGAGUGAAGAAAGUAUAUGUGACCAAACAGUUGACUAUGAUGUCAAAAAAUUUAUCUCACUACCCGCUGACAAACGGACUUUUUUGCUGCAUUGAUAAGUAGACCAAAAUUAAAACAACAUCUAUUCCAUCAAUCUUACUAAGGAAAAGCAAGGUUAGCUUACUGUUGAGUUUAAAUCUUUGGAUGUGGUGUUUUGUGUCUCAAGAAGUGUCAGUGGUGUCAAUUUCUGGACAUAAUUUUUUUUUUUUCCUUUUCUUUCGAGGCUUUGUCUUUGCCUUGCUGAUGUAAAUGUUCUCUUCCGGCUGUGCUUCUUUAAGCAUUGUAUGCUGUCCAUUGCUAUCACCAAAUCUUUCUAUUUCUACACACGACGAUGCUUUGUACGUACUCUUUUACCAUCUUAGUCAAUGUGUGCCCUUGUGAUUAAUGUAAAUAAUUCAUACUGAUGAUUGUGUUUAUUUCAUGUAGCAGACAAACGGAAAAUAUCUAUAAAAAUGUAUUUUUGACUUGACCUAAAUAAAUUUGUGAUGUGAUGCAGCAGAAAAAAAA